AUGGAGUCCAGGCGUGGGUAUUUUCAGCCAUGGAGGGACUAUCUCCGGUUGGCCGACAUGAUCCGUUCCAUGCAAGCUGGACCUGCCAUGCCUGAAGGAGCAGGUCGGGUGGUGAACCAGCCAGGAUCUGCCCGGUGGAUGCCAAUGUCUAUUGAGCAGCAUACAGACAAUGCAGUGGAUGGUGGGAUAAGCACCUCCAAGCAGCCUACAGCUGCACCUCGGCAGUCUGGGGGGAAGGAGCCCCCAGAGCCACAACGGCCUAUCUGCAGUUUCUGCAAACACAAUGGGGAGUCGGAGGCUGUCUUCCGGUCCCACUGCCUCAGGGACCAGGCGGGCGGCGUGAGCUGCCCAUACCUGCGGCAAUACAUUUGCCCGCUAUGCGGGGCCACUGGGGCCCGGGCGCACACCAAGCGGCACUGCCCGCAGGUGGACGGCGCGUACUGCUCAGUGUACGCCACGGCGCAGCGCUAA